UGCGCUCGCGCCGCCGGGUGGGAAGGAUGAAGCCGCAGCUGGAGCAGCCACCCUAUGAUUGGCUGUGUCGCUUGUGAACCCGAAGUAAAGAUGGCGGGCGGGCAGGCAGCCGCCGCACUGCCCACUUGGAAGAUGGCGGCGCGCCGCAGCCUCAGCGCCCGCGGCCGGGGGGUCCUGCAGGCAGCGGCGGGCCGGCUGCUGCCGCUGCUACUGCUGAGCUGCUGCUGCGGCGCGGGCGGCUGCGCAGCAGCGGGCGAGAACGAGGAGACGGUGAUCAUCGGGUUGCGGCUGGAGGACACGAACGACGUGUCGUUCAUGGAAGGGGGGGCGCUGCGGGUGAGCGAGCGGACCCGGGUCAAGCUGCGGGUGUACGGGCAGAACAUCAACAACGAGACGUGGUCCCGCAUCGCCUUCACGGAGCAUGAGCGGCGGCGCCACAGCCCAGGCGAGCGCGGGCUAGGGGGCCCCGCGCCGCCAGAGCCGGACAGCGGCCCCCAGCGCUGCGGCAUCCGCACCUCAGAUAUCAUCAUCUUGCCCCACAUCAUUCUCAACCGCCGUACAUCGGGCAUCAUUGAGAUCGAGAUCAAACCGCUGCGCAAGAUGGAGAAGAGCAAGUCCUAUUACCUGUGCACAUCGCUCUCCACACCAGCCCUAGGCGCCGGCGGCCCGGGGUCCGCGGGUGGCGCCGUCGGGGGCAAGGGCGGCUCCGGGGUGGCCGGGCUCCCGCCGCCCCCGUGGGCCGAGACCACCUGGAUUUAUCACGACGGCGAGGACACCAAGAUGAUUGUGGGCGAGGAGAAGAAGUUCCUGCUACCCUUCUGGCUGCAGGUGAUCUUCAUUUCGCUGCUCCUGUGCCUGUCGGGCAUGUUCAGCGGCCUCAACCUGGGGCUGAUGGCUCUGGACCCGAUGGAGCUGCGCAUCGUGCAGAACUGCGGCACCGAGAAGGAGAAGAAUUAUGCCAAGCGCAUCGAGCCCGUGCGCAGGCAGGGAAACUACCUGCUGUGCUCGCUGCUGCUGGGCAACGUGCUGGUCAACACCACGCUCACCAUCCUGCUCGACGACAUCGCCGGCUCAGGCCUCGUGGCGGUGGUGGUCUCCACCAUCGGCAUCGUCAUCUUUGGGGAAAUCGUGCCCCAGGCCAUCUGCUCCCGGCACGGCCUGGCUGUAGGGGCCAACACCAUCUUCCUCACCAAGUUUUUCAUGAUGAUGACCUUCCCCGCUUCUUACCCGGUUAGCAAGCUGCUGGACUGCGUCCUCGGCCAGGAGAUAGGCACUGUCUAUAACCGGGAAAAACUGCUGGAGAUGCUCCGGGUCACCGACCCCUACAACGACCUUGUUAAGGAGGAGCUGAACAUCAUCCAAGGGGCGCUGGAGCUCCGCACCAAGACAGUGGAGGACGUGAUGACUCCGCUCCGGGACUGCUUCAUGAUCACCGGCGAAGCCAUUCUGGACUUCAACACCAUGUCGGAGAUCAUGGAGAGCGGCUACACACGUAUUCCAGUAUUUGAGGGGGAGCGCUCCAACAUCGUGGACCUCCUCUUUGUCAAAGACUUGGCCUUCGUGGAUCCAGAUGACUGUACUCCCCUGAAAACCAUCACUAAAUUUUAUAACCACCCCUUGCACUUUGUUUUCAAUGACACCAAGUUGGACGCUAUGCUGGAAGAAUUUAAGAAAGGUAAAUCUCACCUGGCUAUCGUGCAGCGAGUGAACAAUGAGGGAGAAGGGGACCCAUUUUAUGAAGUUCUGGGAAUCGUCACAUUAGAAGACGUGAUUGAGGAAAUCAUCAAAUCCGAGAUUCUAGAUGAAACAGAUUUAUACACUGAUAACAGAACGAAAAAGAAAGUGGCCCAUCGGGAAAGAAAGCAAGACUUUUCUGCCUUUAAACAGACAGACAGCGAGAUGAAGGUGAAAAUAUCACCCCAGCUUCUCCUGGCCAUGCACCGUUUCCUAGCAACAGAAGUAGAAGCAUUUAGCCCAUCCCAGAUGUCAGAGAAGAUCCUUCUAAGGCUGCUAAAGCACCCCAAUGUCAUCCAGGAACUGAAGUAUGAUGAGAAGAACAAGAAAGCCCCAGAAUACUACCUCUACCAGCGAAACAAACCUGUAGACUACUUCGUUCUCAUUUUGCAGGGGAAAGUGGAAGUAGAAGCUGGGAAGGAAGGUAUGAAAUUCGAAGCCAGUGCUUUCUCCUACUACGGUGUGAUGGCUCUCACAGCCUCUCCAGGUGAGCGUCAUGAUCUCAGGGUCCUGGGAUCGAGCCCCGCAUCGGGCUCCCUGCUUAUUCCUUUGUCCCUGUCUCGUACCUUUGUUGUCAGCAGAACAGAGUUGUUAGCAGCAGGUUCUCCAGGUAACUCUUCGCCUCCUCGCCCCUGUGGCUUGAACCACUCAGACUCUCUGAGCCGAAGUGACCGGAUUGACGCCGUGACGCCGACACUGGGGAGCAGCAAUAAUCAGCUCAACUCUUCGUUCCUUCAAGUCUACAUCCCUGACUACUCAGUGCGAGCCCUUUCUGACCUUCAGUUUGUGAAGAUCUCAAGACAGCAAUACCAAAAUGCCUUGAUGGCAUCCCGGAUGGACAAAACUCCUCAGUCUUCAGACAGUGAAAACACUAAAAUUGAAUUGACUCUUACGGAGCUGCACGACGGGUUGCCAGACGAGACCGCCAACCUGCUCAAUGAACAGAACUGUGUGACACACAACAAGGCCAACCACAGCCUGCACAGUGAAGGGGCCAUCUAGGGCGCCCCCCGCCGACCCUCACCCCCCACUCCCAAGGCCCCAGGCCAGCUGACCGUGAAUCCCAUUAGUGUGAGCUUGUGUGCCAUGCUGCAUCCUGCAAGAUCCUGAGACCAAAGACUUUGUCCCCUUCCCGGAAGCAGCAGCGGAGGAUGGCGAGGGCAGGAGCAGAAACUAGAGGUGUGACAUCAGCAGCUAGGGCAUGGCAUUCAAGAUUUUGGAGAUGAACUUCUUCCACCCAAAUAGAAUCAUGUUUAUUUUUUCAGUUGUACCUUUUAUCUUUAUUCACUCUCCUCCUUCCUCAAUCUGCAUGAAGUUGGAAAUUGUUGCGGUUUUAUUUUUUUUUCCAAGAGAUCAUGUUUUUAAAUAGUGUCUUUUGCAGAGUUUUACGUUGUUCUGUGUGAACUCUGCCGUGACUCCCUGAUGUGACCCGAACCGAAUGGACUCGCUCCUCCUCCCUCGGCCUUCGCGGCCCUCCUCGGGCGGGGCGCGCCUCCUCCGUGCCCAGCGGGU